AUGGGAUUUACAGAGGGAACAAUUGUGCAAUUUAUUUUGUAUGCUUCAAAUAAAAUGAAUAUUUCUGUCAAAGCUCAACGUUUUUAUGUUGCUUUUAUGCUUCGUCAAAUUUGGGAACAACGUCCACUUUGGGAGGUUGCACAACAUUUUGAUGUUCCGAGAGGAUGGCUUCAAUCUAAUUUACAAUCAGCUUUGGCACAAGCAAGUUCAAUUAUUCGGUUUGCAGAGAGGACGCCUUCUUUAUGGGCUUUACGUUCUUUGUUGCCUGAAAUGAUUAAGAGACUUUCUGAAUGUGCUCGUCAAGAAUUAAUUCCUUUACUUUCAAUUGAUUGUGUAAAGGUUGGAAGAGCUAGACUUCUUUAUGAACAUGGUUAUAAAACUGUUGGGUCUAUAGCUAAAGUUUUACCAGAAAAAUUAAUUGGAGAUUUGGAAGGAAAAUUAAAUCUAAUGCAAGCUAAAAGAAUAAUUAAUAGUGCAAAGACAAUAAUACGAGACCAAAUAGCUGAAAAGACAGAAGAAUUGGAGCAAUUAGGGGCAACAGAUUUAUUUGAAUUUAUUAAACCAGUCAACAAAAUCAAUAAUAUUAUUCGUCCAUUACAACCAAGGGCAGCACCAACAACAUUUCAGCCUGUAUCAAAAUGUUUUGGUUUUGAAAUGGAAGCUGAUGAUGAGGAGGAAGUUGAAAAUAUUUCUGAACAAUUUAGCAAUUCUUCAAGUAGUAAUAAUACAUCAAAUAAUAGUUGUUAA